GACCCUCAGUUCCCUGUGAGACUCAGUGAAGUGAGGGUGACAGGCCGUCGGUGCUGCUGGCUCGGGUGUUGAUCUCUCCACAAUAAUGCCUUGUUCGGCAAUCACGCUGUCCCUGGCGACGAUAUGCGCCGUGGUGUCUGUGGCGCUGCUGGCCAUCGCGUUCGGCACAGACAACUGGCAGUACAUCAACGUGAACAGGAUUGCGAUAGAGGGCUCCCUCUCCGUGUCCAACAUCUCGCCCCAGGAAUUUGAUGAGAGUGGCUUGUAUCGAGUGAGAACCAAGGGUCUCUUCAGAAUCUGCUACCCUGACACCCGGCCGAAGGGAGUGGAAUUGUACAUGUCUCCAGUGGAAACUUACUGCGAGAACAUUGACUACCACAUCUUCAACGAGGACUCUGACCCGACGCAGUUCAGUGAGGACGAGAUGGUCAGGCUCCAUAUGGCUCGCUCCAUGAUUGCCCUCUUCAUUGUGUCAUUUUUCUUUGUGUUUGUGGCCUUCUGGACUGGCGUGGCUGGCUGCUGGCGCCGUUCUCCUGGGAACAUUGCCUCCACUGCCAUCUUGAUGCUCCUUGCCUGUCUGUUCUCUGCUGGCGGUAUGGGUCUGUGGCAUGGCGUGGAGUACUAUGAGGAGGAGAAGCUGAAGACUGACCCCUGGAAGGCUUCUUGGGAUGAGCUGCUGAGUGAAAACACCAAGGUCAUGUACGACUGGUCCUAUUUCAUCGCCUGGAUCGGGGUGGGCUGGACACUCAUCUCUGCCCUGCUGUUCUCCGGCGCCUCCGUGUGUCUGCGGAGCGAGCGGGAGCGUGAGGAUGCUAAGAACAUGGCCUACCUCAUGCCUGUGUACCCACAGAAGCAGCAGUACCCCUCCUACGGCUAUGGCUACCCCGGCCCCUACCACUACGGCUCCCAGUACGGCCCUUACAAUUACUAGUGACUUGUCCUCGCCACACUGGGCCAUGCGCCACAACACCCUGAAGUCUCCAGGGUGAGGCUCUGACCACUACCACCACUGUGAGGGUUACAACACGUAUUCCACCACCAAUAAGAGCAUGACAGACCAGCAGUAAUUUGUAGCAGUAAUGUGUAGAUUACUACACAUCAAAGGAAGGGUAGUUGGUUGCCUUGCCUGUGUAAUAAUCCCAGGAAGGCUGCCACACUUCACUCAAAGUAAUCAGGAGACUUCUCACCAUCUGAAGCAAAGUUACCUCACACUCACCACUACCAUUAUGAGACUUGCCACCACCAGGAGGGUUGCAGCACUCACCACCACUGGAAAGCCUUGCCACACAUUCUCCUGACACCACCACCAGAAGGAAGGGUUGCCACACACCAUCACAACAAGGUUGUGUCACACCACCAGGAUAUGACACACAAGGCCACCCCAUUCCGCCCAUCAGCAGGCUGUUGUCACCCAUCACUCGGCCAAACCUAAGAAAGGUUACCACGGUGGCAGAGAGUUAGCAGUGGUGGAACCUUUAUUGCUAUGCUUGGUAUGGCCACAAUGGCUGGCCAUCACUGCAACAGUGCACUCACAGGCUGAGGCACAAAGAGCCGGGAUGCAGUGCAUUACUGCAGCUCCAUUGAAUAUGCAAUAGUUAUUAGGACUUUUAAAAAAAUUGGUGUAGGCUGAUUAACUAAAUUAAGGGGAGGGAGGGCCAUUACUCACUAGGAUCAGUAAAACAAUUGCUGUAGACAAAGUAAGUGAAGUAUGGGGAAGGGAGGGUCAUUAUAUGUUAAGUCACAUGAAAGGGAUAUAAAGUAUUUGUAAAUAGGACAUUAUUGUUUUCAACAAUACUCACACUUGUUGACAAUCAGGGCAGAACCCAAGAGAUGCAUCUGGGACAUUCAGGGGCGCCUGUCAUCUGUCAUGAUGACGUUCGCUCACCACGCCUCCCUGAGGAAGAUGAUGGAGGGGUCAGGGUCUGUGAUGGCAGAACACUGCUGCUACUGCCGUUCAUGAACCCUGCACCUCUGUUGUUGUUUUUGUUUAGGAUACAAUGUGUUUGUUGUGCUUCAUCCAUUCAACGCUGCCCUCUGUCUCAUCAUGGCUUAAACAGCAUCUUUUUUACCAGUGACAGUUUUCUUUUAAAAUGUUCAAGACUUUUCCCUUUGCAUCCAUGACUGUCCUUCACUUGAGCAUUUCAGCCAUGGUAAGAGGAAGACAGCAGCUCUGGGUGGGUUAAGUCCACAUCAGUAAACAAGGUUACUUGGUAUUUUCUACAAAAGAACAUUUCCCAGUAUUUCUUCUAAUUAGCUCUCCUCUGCCUCACUGUCUGUCCUCACUCUCUUUUUUUGCAGCGCUGUGCUGUAAUUGUGGACAUUAGGGACUCCCUUACCUCCUUAAACUACUUAGUGAGGUUGAACUGAUACAUGCAAGUAUAAUGCUUGUUUUAUAAUGCCGUGUAACAUAGUUCUCACUCGUGUAUCGAUAUUCAACGUCUCAACAAAACACUCCAUCGCUCAAGACUUUUCACACUUUUAUAUUUUUGUAUAAUGUAAUUUUGUAAUUAUAUUAUAUUACCGCGAGACUUGGCGAACCACACCGUGAAAGACGUUUAUACUGGUUGUACGUUUCAGAAGCUGGCCUGUACAUACUGCAUUAGACCUAGCCUCUUAUUUAUUAGGUUAUGUUGUAUACUAAUCUCCCUCUGGAAUGUUUGUUUUCAUAUGUGACAUGUUGAGAAUGUUGUCAUCACUCUGAGGAUGAGUGUGUCUGACGCUGCCUCAGUGGGGAGAGGGAGUGUGUGUCUGCCAACCUGCACACACCCCUGCCAACACACCCACCAAUCACAUCGCAGCAUCUUCUUGGCACAAUAUUAUACAGUUAAUAAUUAAAAUGAACACAGUUUGUCUACCAAGCUAACAUAGCCCUUAAAGGUGGACAGCCAUCUUGUUGCAGGAACAGACCCUUCAUUCUGUUCCUUACAACUGCAUUUCCACAAAAUAUGCACAUUACAGAUGCAGUGCUCUUCCAAUCUUGUGUGUGGCUGGGCCAUGUCCCCUCUAUUAUAAACAAACUGAAAGUGUCUCCAGAAAUUUUGUUACAACUGAAUUUACAAAAAAUAUUAUUUAUGCUGAAAAAAAAAAAAAAAAGACUGCUCCAUUUCAUGACAUGUAAGGGGCAGGCUGAGAUCUUGCAAACCUUUAUCUAAAGGCAAACAGAAGUUUCUGAAGUACCAUCAGCAUACAAUUACUAACUGGACACAGGUUGGAAAUUCUUCACUGUGAAUGGUGUCACAUCCUUAAUAUAGUUAAUUAUCAUAGCUGAUGAAAAGUGACUAAUUACUUGCACCCCACUCUAAAGGUCUACAUUGACUGAACUAUUAAUGAAGUAACCAUCAGUGCAUCUAAAGCACUUGGUUAAAAUAUACAUCACAGUAGUUAAGCACUGGCAGAUCCUACCACUUGGUUUAUGAGUGUCAGUUUGCACUGUCAUUUGAAGACAACCACUACAAAGCAUUAAUCACUACAUGACUCAGUGUCCCAUCAAGGAUAACACCCUACUGUGAUGAAAUGACAAGAUUUUUCAUUUCAGUUUAUUAUUUCAGGUAACAGAUCUGUGCCUUAAAGUACUGUAUAGACUUUCUUUAAUAGUGUGGGAAUGUAUACAAUUCAGCAAGCUCAAUAAUAAAUGUGCCUUCUGCUAUUGUUAAGAGCAGACAGUGACUGAAAGCUUUGGAAGAUUUAUGGUUCACUUAAGCAAGGAUGACGCCUCCCUGCUGAGCCUGUAACAAAUAUGUUCCAUGUAUGCAUAUGAAAUAAAUGUUUUGUAUA